AAUCAGUCAGUUAGUUCAACAAAGAUGGCGUCGGUGUCCAAAGGGCACGAAAUAUGCUCAAAUGAGUGAAAGUCAAACAUAGUACUAAAACAGAGCGAAUGUAGACAUACAGAACAAAAUCUCGUUGUUCGGGUAAGGUUAUUUUCGCCAAGGACAUUUUCGCCCUUCCGCCCCAACAAUUUAGCAGACGCGCACUUUGGUUACUGGGGCUAACGUUAGUUUGCCAGACAUCUUUUCUCUCAGGCUCUUUGGUGUAAAGUCAGCCAUGAUGGCGGCAACGUAAAGCGAGCGCGCCGUGUGCAGCUUCAACACGAUGAGGUUCCCCCGAUGCUUCACGGGGCUCAGGCGAGCCUACCUGGUUUGGCCGAUCCUCCUGCUGCUCCUGGUCGGUGCAGCCCUGACGGCUCUGCUGCCCCCUGCCGAGGACCACGGAGGCAUCGAUGUCCUCGGAGUGCUGAGCAGGACGAGGCCGCAGAGGGACAGUCCUGCAGGGGGGCCCCGCCGUGACGGCGCAGACGGCGAGCAGGGGUUCACCAUUGUCAUCCAAACGUACAACCGCACGGACAUUUUGCUCAAGCUCCUGAACCAUUACCAGGCGGUGCCUCGCCUUCAGCGCAUCGUCAUCGUGUGGAACAACGUCGGGGCGCAGACGCCCCUGAAGCUGUGGAAGUCUUUGCAGCCUCAUCCGGUCCCUGUGAUCUUCAAGGAGCAGACUAGCAAUCUGAUGCGCAACAGACUACAACCGUUCCCUGAGAUUGAUACUGAUGCCGUGCUGAUGCUGGAUGACGACACCCUGGUCAGUGUUCCUGACAUCAGUUUUGCGUUCUCUGUCUGGAAGCAAUUUUCCGACCAAAUUGUUGGGUUCGUACCGCGUAAACACGUCUCGACGCCAGGAGGAGUUUACAGUUAUGGCAGCUUUGAACUGCAGGACCCAGAAACAUCUGGAGGCGACAAGUACUCCAUGGUGUUGAUUGGUGCCGCCUUCUUCCACCGCCGCUACCUCCAGCUGUUCCGGGACCAACCUCGGGCCGUUCACGCGCUGGUGGACGAGACCCAGAAUUGCGAUGACAUCGCCGUUAACUUCGCCGUGGCGCUGUAUUUGAGGGAGCACUCCGUGGGCAGCGUUGCCAAACCCUCCGGGGUCUUCGUCAAACCCGUGGACCUCCGCAACCUGGAGAAGGACGCCAGCAGCGGGUACCAGGGGAUGUGGCACCGCCCGGAACACCUCCUGCAGAGAUCCUACUGCCUGAACAGGCUCACGCAGAUUUACGGCUUCAUGCCACUCUGCUUCUCCAACCUGAUGGUCUCCCAGUUCGGCUUCCCAAGCUACGCCAACCACAAGGGUCGAGCUUGAGGAGGUGAAACGGACGCCGCGAAGCGAUUUGGAUUGAAAGAAGAAGGGGCUCGAGUGAGAUUCUGGUAAGUGUGUUUGAUUAAUAACAACUGUCCAGGUUCAGGUUGCCAGCUGAUCCCAGCAUGUGUAGGGAGCUCAAUUCCUAAUUUCACAGGCCAAUUCUUCUCAUGUUUUGAUGACAAUAAAGCAUUGAUAUUGCAGCGUUUGAGCACAGAUUGAAAUGGUUUUCACAUGGAUAAUUUGUCUUCCUAAAGUUGACCUGCUGAGUUGUGUUGCUCUUUUUUUGUAUUUCUUAGUACUGAUCAGUUAAACUAUUGCAUCUACAGGAGUAUCACUGACAAUCACAAUGUCCUACACAUGGCCAAAUCUGAUGAAACGUGAAGGUAAUCAGUAUGUUACCAAAGCUGCCUUAUCAUAGCUGCUAGCAUCCCCCCCCCCCUCCCUCCCUAGCCAGUAGGCGUUAGCGUGAGAUGUGGUUUGACAGUUCGCCUCAUUUUUUAACCAGGAUUUACAGCGUUGAAACUGUUGUUACAUUUCUAGUUGUUGAAGGAAAGGGUUGCCUCUUUGAGCUCGAGCCGCCACAAGUUUAAGAUAAUUGUUGGAAGAUGUUGGUAUUCCUAAGUCAUUUCCUCACCAAAUGUGUGAAUUGGUGAAUAACCAAAUUAUUUCAGGGUUAUUGUACACAUUCCGACAGUCUUAAUGUACACUACUAUGUAUGCACAGACAAUUGUUAUUUAUGUGAGGAAAUAUAUCAACCUUGUAAGACUAUCCCAUGACUGUUAAAUAAAGACUUUUUUGUUGUGAAUAUAAAUUGUGGUUGAAUUCCUGACAACAGGUGAACGGAGUGAAGAUCCU